AUGCAACGGUGCAUUCUCGCACGGGUGGUAAAUUCCUUGCCAUCUUCUUUGCAUGGCAUCACGAGCAAUAAUGACAGUAAACACAAGGUUUUCUUCCCACUUCGCCAAGCCGUUGCGGAACCGUCAGUUGACACCAAUACUGAGGCCUAUCGGCACUUGGCGCAUGAAUUGUCACUCUUGUCACAGGAAGAGUUUGGUCGUCGGUUGUAUCGUUUUAGCCGAACAAACUUUGAUCCUACCCAAACUACGGUAGUUCACGCACUUGUGUCGGAGUUGAUUUCUCGACGUGUGCAAGAGGUAAGUAUAAAGUGUGUCCGUGAGUAUGCCCAUCUGGCGCAUGUCGCUAAGCUACACAAGCUCUGCUUAGAUGUAUACUUUGCUCGUGCAAACCUUACGACGAUCGGUUCUGUGACGGAAAACAAUGACACGAAGGUUGGUGACUUUGCCGUCCCAGACUUUGUCGUAGACAGUGCGUACGCCCUUUGUAGUACUUCUGACCUGAUUCGUUUAGCUUCUUACUGCGUAAAACACCUACAGCAGGUACCAUCCCUCGGUUGGGAAGUGAUGAGUGCCUUCUCCCUGGUUCGUGCGUUUUGGCGCUGCAUUUGCGUAGCCUCAAUUCACGGACGACAACAGGAUGCAGAGUACAAGCAGCCCUUAAGGAUGCCUCUUACAUUUAUGAUGAG